GCAGCCUACAACACAUGCAGCAAUACCUAUCAUUACACCAAUACCUAUCGGAAUAGCUCACAUACCCACUGGUUACAUGGAUGGAGAAUAUGCAAAAAAAUCAGAUUCCAAAGCCCAGAUUCUAAAACGUGGAGGAACUACAAGUUCUCAAAAGGCUCUAGAAGAAAGCAGGAAAGCACUAAAAAAAGAAAUAUUUACAGAUUCUGCUGAAUCUUUGAUAUCAAUACACAAAAAAGAGUCAAAAAGAAGGACAAAAGACAAUGAAUUGGAAAAAGAGAAGAAAGGGAUGGAUGUCGAGGUAGGCAGUAAUGCUGAAAUACCAAAAAGACAAAAAUCUCAAAUAAAGAAGAGUGAUUCCAUAAUACCAGAAAGACCUGAAGCCCAAGAGAAGACAAGUGAAGAGGAAGUAUCAGUAGUUCAGGGAUCACAAAAAAAGACACACGAGGAAGCAGUACCAGAAGGACAGGAAUCAAGUGAGGAAAAAGUACCAGAAGGAGAGCAAGUCCAAAAAAAGACGAGUGAGAGUAAAGCACCAGGAAAGGAAGUCCAAAAAAAGACAAGUGAGAAAAAAAUACUAGAACAGGAAGUCCAAAAAAUGACUAGUAAUGAAGAAGUACAAGAAGUACAGGAAGCCCAAAAACAGAAUAAUGAGGAAAAAGUACCAGAAGCACAGGAAGUCCAAAAAAAGACAAGUGAGAGAAAAGCAUCAAAACAAGAAGUCCAAAAACAAACAAGUGAGAGAAAAGUACCAGGAGAGGAAGUCCAAAAACAGACUAGUGAGGAAGAAGUACAGGAAGUCCAAAAACAGACUAGUGAGGAAGAAGUGCAGGAAGUCCAAAAACAGACAAGUGAAAGAAAAGUACCACGACAGGAAGUCCAAAAACAGACAAGUGAGAGAAAAGUACCAGUACAGGAAGUUCAAAAAAAGACUAGUGAGGAAGAAGUACAAGAAGUACAGGAAGUCCAAAAAAAGACAAGUGAGAGAAAAGUACCAGGAUAUGAAGUUCAAAAACAGACAAGUGAGAAAAAACUAUCAGAAGGACAAGAAACCCAAGAUAAUGACAGCUCUGAUGACAAAGGAAAUACAGGCAAAAUAAUGGAAGAUGCAAAAAAGGAUCAAGAAGAAAGAAAAGAUGCUAAAACCAAGGAAGGUGAUAAUGGAAAAGACAAAGGUAAAGGAAAGACCGAAUCAGUAAAGGGCUCAAUAAAGGGCAAAGGCAAGUAGAGAAAAGAAGUAUAAGAAGUGGAAGAGUAAGGGUAAAUAAAAGAAAGGUCCAUAGGACAACUGAUCAUUAUGAUCCCCAUCCUCCAGAUACAAGCCAUAUCCAAGCUAUCGCCAAAUUGACUAUAAUUAUAAAAUCCCUUCUAUUCAUAUACGUACAAUUUUUGCUCUUCAAAAGUUUCACCAUUUCUUAGACCUCUCAACCACAAUCCUCACUUCCCAAUGCUUAUUUUAUAACUUGAUGCAUAUAUUACUCAGUCAAGAAAGAUUAGAUGCUUCUUAAAAUAAAACAUUUGAUUAAAGAAAUGUACAAUAAUUUUUUAUUGUGUAGUCUAUCUCCAUGGUAGCUAUCUCCAUGGUAGCAUGCCCCACCAAACAAUACACAUCAGGAUAGACCUAAUGUUUACAAGGUCCUCUUCAAGCAAUAAAAGAUACAUACAGACAAAUAAGUCAGAGUACCUGCAACAAAGCUUGUAACAUAUACUUGGAUAGUGAUAAAUGUGUACAUGACAAUUUAAAAAGCAAAAUCGAGGUGUCAAAAUAGUUUAGAUGGACAAUAAAAUAAGAGUUCAGGAACAUCUUAUGGUCAGAAAGUAAGAUGAUUGUUUCAUGAGGAAGGGAGUGGUGGUAUUUGAUGUGUCUCAAAAGACGGCUAGGAUGUAACGCUAGUGUAGUAGAAAGAACAGAGGGAGGGAAAGGGCUGAAAGGCUGGCAAGCCCUACUCCAGGGUCAGUAGGUAAUUUUUCUGACACAGAAGACUGAUUAGAGGCAUGUUAAUAUUUAAUUUUGAAGAGGAAGUCAUUUAUGAGUUUGAAAAACAGCCUAAGAAUUUAUAUUUUAUUUCGUAGGCAGCUGAAAGCCUUCUGCAGUGUCUGAAAAGGCAAAAUAGUGAAAAGGGUUGCAUUACAAAAUAUGUUAGUGUUGUGAUUGUGCAAAAAAAUAGAUUGAAGAAAAUAAGCAUCAAGUAGUAUAUAAUGAAAGAUGUUUGGAGUAAGCCACAGAAAAGAAUAAAUAUGGGGGACAAAUGCGAGAUUUUUUUUCAAAAAAGAGUCACUAUUUUAUGACGAUUGUCCUGAAUACAUAUAUGGAAAAGAAAGCAAUGAAACAAUUGGUGACUCUGUAACUUUUACAACUAGGUGAAAAAAAUUGGUAAUAAACUAGGAAGGAAUAAAUAACUGUUGAUUUAAGAGGAUAAUAAUUCCAUUCAUUCAUGAGAGAUCUAGAAUUAGUCAAGUAGAGAUAACAGUUGAAAUUCUAAGAGUAAAUUGAAUGAACUCACUAAAGGAGAAAGUAUAGGGUAGCAGAAGCACAAGGACAAGAACUGAGCUUGUUGUAUAUAAUAGGUUGGAGAAGAAUGUUAACUAAGGAAAACUUAUGUAAUGAAAUGUGCUGAUAUUUAAGGAUAUUAAGAGUUUCCAAAAAUGCAUGAUGAAAGGGUAACUGAGACUAGAAGGAAAAUAAAGACUAAGAGACCAUUGUUGUUGUUAUUUGGAGAUGACUCAUGAACUUGCAAAGAGUACUUUACAAAGCAGGAUUGCUAAAAUAAAGAAGUUUGGCAGUUAGAAUACAGAAUAAUAAGUCUAUAACAGUGGUAUAUGCCUUCCAAAAGGAGUUCAUUUUAGCCAACUUUAAAAACCAUAGUUUUUUUUUUAUCUAUUUACUACUAUAUUCUGUGCUGGUCAGCACAAGAAUAUCACAUUCAGUUCUGUCAAAGGAUAAGGAUAAAUUCAAAUGCCUUCAGGAGAGAAAUUCUCAAGUAAGCAGUAAAUUCACAGUUCACUUGGGGGAAAAAUGCAAAGAAAUCAGAAUUAUUUUCAAAUAUAUGCAUAGUCAUCAUGGAUUAGAAUAUUUUCCAUGGCCCCAAGGAAUUGAAAGCAGUGAAACUACAAUGUAACAGAUUUUAUCUCAGUUAUGGGGAAAUGGGAAACCCAAAAGAGUUUAAGGAGUUUAAGGCUGUGUGAUCAGUGGUAAUACUGCAAGAUCCCCAGGAAACUGAUAUAGUUAUAACAAGUUAUCUUUAUGAAUCCUCCCAAAACUGAGGGUCUAUAAUUCAAAGUAUUAAAUUCUUUGCACUAAUUAGGUGUCUUCCAAGGAAACUUCUCAUUAGUGCUAUGCUGAUUAUUUGAACAAAUUUGACCCAAAAAAUGCAGAAAUCAGACUCUAGUCUUUGCCCAAAGUAUAGGAUAUUUCAUAAAUGUUUCAAGUUACCCUACCAGAACUUUAGGAAGGUACCUCCACAGCUUCUAGCAUAAUCCACACUAUUUGUAUAUCACUACUGUGUGCUGGUAAUGUCGCCACAAGUAUAGAAGCUAAGGCAAAUUUUAGCAGCCUUAGAAUCCUCCAGCCUUUAAUGAACCACAUAAAGUUAGCAGGACUGAAUUAAAAAUAAAAGGGGGAGGGGUAGUGAGAAAGAGAAAAAAGAUAAUGAAAAUGAAAUUUCUAUAGCCUGUUUAUUUUUUAAAUAUUUAUUUAUUUAUUUGAAAGAGUUACACAG